CUGGAGGCGUAACCUAGGGGCGGAUACCGCUGAACUGGGCUUGACAGAAGGAAAAAGUGGAAGGAGGACAAAGCGCAACAGCGCACAAGCUUGAGGCCAGGCUGUUAAUGCCCGCGUUGGUCGAGGUCGCGGUGGGGCGCACUGAGCUCUGAGUGGCUGGCAGCGCAUCCAUUGGUGAGAGCCAGACGGGCGCCAAAGAUCUACAGGAUGGCGAGAGUCCUGAAGAUGCUGCACUAAAGCCGAUCUUGCGCACUCUUAACCACGGAGGGAGCGGGGCUAAGGGAAGAGACAGUGAGCCCCUUCAGGCUGCAGGAAGGAGCCGCUUGGCACUUCUGCCACUGUUCCCAUCGCCGCUGCCAGCCGCUUGGAUCAGCGAAGGCAGAGGCGGCGUCCCAUCACCGAGGGGCUUUAGGAUUGCAAGUGCCCGCCGCGUUUGCAGGGCACACGAGGCGUCAGUGCUCUAGGCAGGCGCCCUGCUGAGCCUUUCCCUGGGAGAGUUGUGCAACCGGCUUAGGAGAAGAAAGUGGCGAGGAUUUCCGCGCGCUUCGUCCAUCUGUGCCGCGGGUGCGAUUUCCUUGUUAGUUUUUCCGCUGUUGGCUCCCCCCCUCCCCCCCCAUGUUAACCUCUAUUUGAACAUGGCAAGGACAGUAUCUCCUGGAAAUGGAUUCAGUGUGGCAAAAAGCACAGGAAACCAGAGCUAAAUGACAGGAUGCGGGCGACUUAAGGAGAUAGUCGAGAGAGAAAAGGGAGAGAGAAAGAGAGAGAGAGAGAGAGAGAGAGGAGAGAGAGCGCGCGCCUAUUGCAAUCGACAAGACCUUCUGGUGCUACUACUACAAUUGUUGUCGGCUGAGUCGGUUUUCUGUUUCUUUUUAACUGCCCGUGCUGAAGGAGGAUUUAAGAUCUGAGCGGAAUUGCGCGGAGAGAUUGGAUAAUCUUGUUCCCUUUCUUCAGACCUCCUGUAUCCGAAGCAGAAGAUGGCCUGGGGUCUACUUUUGCACUCUGCAGCCCUCAUAGUCGCCUUCGGCAAGGCUUUGAAGAGUGAUCGAUGUGGAGAAAACAUACAAAUUUUAGAGCCUGGAUAUCUCACCUCUCCAGGCUAUCCUAAUAGUUAUCAUCCGAGUCAAAAAUGUGAAUGGUUGAUUCAAGCUCCUCAACCUCACCAGAGGAUUAUGAUCAACUUCAACCCACACUUUGAUUUAGAGGACAGAGAAUGCAAGUACGAUUAUGUUGAAGUGAUUGAUGGAGACAGUGCAAAUGGGCGAGUGUGGGGAAAGUUUUGUGGCAAAAUUGCUCCCCCACCUGUGAUAUCUACAGGACCAUACCUGUUAAUCAAGUUUGUCUCUGAUUAUGAAACUCAUGGAGCAGGCUUCUCCAUUCGCUAUGAAAUUUUUAAAAGAGGACCAGAAUGUUCCAGAAACUUCACAUCCAUGACUGGAAUGAUCAAAUCACCAGGAUUCCCUGAAAAAUAUCCCAACAGCCUUGAAUGUACUUACAUUAUCUUUGCACCAAAGAUGUCAGAGAUUAUCCUGGAAUUUGAAAGCUUUGAACUGGAACCGGAUACAAACCCUCCAGGAGGCGCAUUCUGCCGCUAUGAUCGCUUGGAAGUCUGGGAGGGUUUCCCGGAAGUUGGUCCUCAUACUGGGCGAUAUUGUGGACAAAACACACCUGGUCGUGUUCUCUCAUCAACUGGCAUUCUCUCCAUGGUUUUCUAUACUGACAGUGCUAUAGCAAAAGAAGGCUUCUCUGCAAACUACACUGUGGUCCACAACAAUGUUCCAAAAGACUUCCAGUGCAUGGAACCACUUGGCAUGGAAUCUGGUGAAAUUCAUUCUGACCAGAUUACUGCCUCUUCCCAAUAUAACCCCCAGUGGUCAUCUGAAAGGUCCCGUUUAAAUUAUCCUGAAAAUGGAUGGACGCCUGAAAUUGAUUCUACUAGAGAAUGGAUACAGGUAGACGUAGGCGUUCUCCGCUUUGUAUCUGCCAUUGGGACUCAGGGAGCCAUCUCCAAAGAAACUAAAAAAAUGUAUUUUCUGAAAACAUACCGAGUGGAUAUCAGCUCCAAUGGAGAAGAUUGGAUAUCCAUUAAAGAUGGGAACAAUAAACCUUUGCUAUUCAUGGGGAACACCAAUCCAACUGAGGUUGCUUAUAGAUCUUUUCCCAAGCCAGUUCUGACACGUUUUAUUCGAAUCAAGCCUGUAAACUGGGAAACUGGAAUAUCACUGAGAUUUGAAAUCUAUGGCUGUAAAAUUACUGAUUAUCCUUGCUCUGGCAUGCUGGGUAUGGUGUCUGGGCUCAUCACUGACUCUCAGAUUACAGCAUCAAAUGAAUUGGAUCGGAAUUGGCUUCCAGAAAAUGUCCGUCUUAUAACAAGCCGUAUAGGAUGGGCACUGCCACCCCCGGUUGGUCAUACAUAUACAAAAGAAUGGCUUCAGAUAGACCUUGGUGAAGAAAAGAGAGUCCAGGGCAUAAUUGUCCAAGGAGGUAAACACAGAGAAAACAAGGUCUUCAUGAGAAAAUUUAAAAUUGAAUAUAGCUACAAUGGAUCAGACUGGAAAUGGAUUAUGGAUGCCAGCAAAAAGAAAGCCAAGAUUUUUGAAGGCAAUACCAACUAUGAUACUCCUGAACUUCGCACUUUUGACCCGUUGACAACCAGAUUCAUCCGUGUUUAUCCAGAAAGAGCCACACAUGCUGGAUUGGGACUAAGAUUGGAACUGCUGGGUUGUGAAAUUGAAGUAACUACUUCAGUCCCAACCACUGCUGAUACCAGUCCUGUGGAUGAGUGUGAUGACGACCAAGCAAACUGCUACAGUGGAACAGGUGAUGACUUCCAUUUGACAGGGAGUACCACAGCUACGAUCACAGAAAAACCAGUACCAACUGAUACUACAGUUCAGCCAGCCAUCCAUUAUUCCAUUACUGAAGAACUUCCGGCAUAUGGUUUCAACUGUGGAUUUGGCUACAGUUCUCAAAAGACAAUCUGUCGCUGGGAACAUGAUGCCCAGCUGGAUUUGAGAUGGGCAGUACUCACCAGCAAAACAGGACCCAUUCAGGACCACACAGGAGAUGGCAAUUUUAUUUAUUCCCAAGUUGAUGAAAACCAGAAAAGCAAAAUUGUACGCCUCAUCAGCCCUAUCAUCAACCUGCAAAAUUAUGCCCUUUGCAUGACUUUCUGGUAUCAUAUGUCGGGCCCGCACGUCGGCACACUAAGAAUCAAACUGCGGUACCAGGUCCCUAAAGAAUACGAUCGGGUCUUAUGGACACUAAGUGGAAAUCAGGGAAACUGCUGGAAGGAAGGACGGGUUUUUCUCCACAAAUCUGUGAAACAUUAUCAGGUAAUGGUGGAAGGAGAAAUUGGAAAGGGAAAUGGAGGAAUUGCAGUUGAUGAUAUUAACUUUGACAGCCACAUAACACAAGAAGAAUGCCGAAAAUUUACUCCUGAUUACCGUGAAAAUGGGGAGCCUCAUAAUGACAACAUCUCCCGAAAGCCAGGCAAUGUGCUGAAAACACUUGACCCUAUUCUUAUCACCAUCAUCGCUAUGAGUGCCCUGGGUGUGUUGCUGGGCGCCAUCUGUGGGGUCAUUCUGUACUGCGCCUGUUGGCACAAUGGGAUGUCCGAUAGAAACUUAUCUGCACUGGAGAACUACAAUUUCGAACUUGUGGAUGGUGUGAAAUUAAAAAAGGAUAAACUGAACACACAGAAUACGUAUUCAGAAGCAUGAGGCUGAAAACUGCGUUGAAGACGCUGAGCCAAGCUUUUCUCAGGAGCUUCAGUGGGUGUACCAGAUAUUCUAAGACACGGACAACAAUCUGUGUUAAACAAUCUGAAUCAUGUACAGUCUACUUCUGUUUCUGUUUUAAUUUGAACUAUUCAAAUGCUGGUGUUGAGACCAAGUAUGAUUCACUUAAGAGGGGUAUUCUGUUUUGGUUCUGCCUUUUUUUCUUCUUCCUCUUCUUCUUCCCUUCUUCUUCCCUUAGCCCCUCCAUUCUUUGUUUUCUUCCCUUCUGUCUCCCCACCCCACUCUGGGCCCAUAAGUACUUGUUUUUUUACUGUGCAAAAAUCCAAGAUGCUGUCAAAACAUGUAAUUUGGCAGGAGUCCAUUGGAUGGACAUCCUGUUUGUAGCUGAGUGCCCAGAAGGAAGAACAUCAGAGUAACAGCAAUUUAAUGGAUUCCUGAUACUGUAUUUGUGUAUAAUUGCUUGUGUCGUGCAUAGGCAAAGGAGGGUUAGGGUGUUUGUUUUUGGGGGGUGGUGGGGAAGUACUGUAUAGUCAGUACUGGUAUAGUGUGUCAACUCUGUUAACCAAGCAAUACGGUCAGAAUUUAUUGGUGUUUUUCAGUGUUGUACUCCACCUUUGUGCUUGUGAAUUUCAUACAAGAGAUAUGUGCCAUCACCUACGAAUAAUUGGCAAACCAGGCAUCCUGCAUUGAAUUAUUGAAUUGUAAUGAGAAAAAAGCAAAAGUCCUUGGCACUGGCUCGUUUAUGUCUUCUCAAGUGCCUUUUUGUUGUAUUGCUCCUCAUUGCUUUAUCAUCAAUUCCCUCUCUCUCUCUCUCUCUCUCUCUCCCUCCCUCCCUCCCUCCCUCCCUCCCUCCCUCUCUCUUCCUUGCUCUUUUUUUUUUUGCCUAAGAGCUACUGACUAACAAGAAAUUAUAUUUUGCCAUAAGUAAAACCUUAGGAAGGCAAGGACUAACAAAAAAAUCUUGGCAACUUUCAGCUAAUUCCUUCGCUUCCUAUCAUUAUUGCUCAACCCCCUUUUUCUUAAAACCUGCAGUUUCGCCCCUGUCCUUCUAUCUUUUAUUGUUUUUUUCAUACAGAAUGUAUUUUCAAAUAUAAGCCCUCUCUGUUUUUGCUUUUCCCCUCUUCUGUCUCUGAAUAGAUUGUUACAUAAGCAUUUGCCAUUGUCAAGGUAAGGAAAAUGUAGCUAAUUUGCUGGUAAUGGCAAAAAAGAAGAUUUUGUUACAUUUUGUCUUUGCUUUUAUUGCUGUAUUUUAAAAUAAGGGAUAUGUCUUAAUAUUACCUUCCAGAGUUGAUCUUUGGGUUUCUUUUUAGCAGCAUUAACUGACGUUAUGUUUUUUUUUUCUCUCUCCUUUAGUAAGCCAUGAAGUAAGUCUUUUAAUUCUGUCCAAGAUGUUCAUAUAAAUCGAUGGCAAUGAGAAUUUGUUGUUGAUGUUGAAGAGCAAAGAGUGUUUUUCUCAUCCAUCUAGCUAUCCAAUUUAAGGGUAAUUGUUUCUGCGCAGGACUCAUUCAUGCUAAUGUAGAGGCAUACUAAUAUUGCUACAAAUAAUAAUGCAUUGACUUUGCUAAUAAUGGAUUUGCUUUAAAAAAACAUUGUAUAACAUGUCCUAAACUGGAUUUAAAAUGAGUACUGUUAACAUUCUAAUGAGAAGGAAUUGGGGCUCUUGUGCUGCUUCCAUUCGGUUAUCAAUAGUAGCCAUGUUUUAAGAAUUAAGUCAAUCUCCAAAAGACACAAUUAACUCUUAAAGAUCUUAAAUCAUAACAAGCAUUCAGGGCACUAUGAACUGAUUUUGUCACAUUGUUUUAUGUGGUAUUCAACUGCACCUUUGAUUAAAAACAGCUGGUGUUCACCACACCAGAGCAAAUGUUUAACAACUCUGCUCUUGUUGUAAAUAUGAGUUAUCAUCCAAAGAAGGUUUAUUGAAGUCAAAUAUCUACCAUGAAAAAAGAAUCAUAGUGACAAAAGAUUAUAUGAAUCAAUUGUUUUAAUUAUCCAAUUUACACUGUAAUUGAAUGAUCUAGUUAAUUAUCCCAAAGAGAAGAUCAAAUGCAAAUAAUUUUUACUGCACUUCUUUCAUGUACAUUUAGUUGCAUCAUGUAUUAUGGACUCUAUGUCAAUAAUUACAUAGGCAUCUUAAGAUCUGUGACAAAAGUGCGUACAAACAUUAUUUAAGAGGGGCAGAUUUCAUUGCAAAAGGAUGUACUUUCUAGAACUCAAAAAGUAACAGAUACAAUAUUAAUCUUGGUAUGGAAAAAGGGAUUUUUAACCAUUUGUGCACAUAUGAAUUAAAUCUGCUGCCUAUAAAUCAGACUUCAGGUAAUCCUCAACUUGAGGAUUGAGCCAAAAAUGUAUGUUGUUACCUGAGACAUUUAUUAAGUGAGUUUUGUC